AUGAUUGUGGUAAGACGCAAAAGCAUCUAUAACAGCCAAUUCCUCACCAAAGUUACAGCCAACUCUGUGUUUGACGCCUGGCCUGUGAUCGUGAUUACCCUCGUUAUGACUCUUUUGGCGGGUAUUGUUAUGUGGAUUUUGGUGAGUUACGUCUUAAAAGGGCUGUGUCACUGCUGCCUGGUUCAUUUUGUUUAUAAUUAACAAUCAUUCCACGAGUGUGCGUUGAAUAUGAGAUGGUAGAUAGCCAACGAGGCGUGUAGCGCCGAGUUGGCUAUAAUCAUCUCAUAUCCAACGAGUGUAAGUGGAAUAAUUGUUUUAUCAAAAACGCCCACAAAAUAUCGAGAAUUCUUCCCGACUUUAUUUGUAAAAACAACUGAUUUGCGGCUUUUUUUUUACUUUGGGCAGAGGCGUACAGUUACCAUGUUUGGAGAGCGUGGUAUAAUGGCUCAUAUACCUUUAUGGCUAAGCCAAUGAGAGCUCCAGAAUUGCAUUAUCCAAUGAUUCAGUUUUUAAUAACGUCAAUAUACAUGCUUAGUCGCUAUAGGACUUACGAAGUUCUUGUAAAUGACGAAAUUGCAGCUUCGUGUCGAACAAUUGUCACUCCCAAGCAUUAUUUCAAACAUCACAACGAAGAUGUACUUUGAAAAACUGUUAAGCUAACAAUUUUUCGAAAACUACAUGUAUAGUUGAGAUUCAUUUCAGUCAAUCAUCUUCAAGUUUGCCCAUCCGUGCCUCCAUUUGAGGUAUUUGCUGUGUUAUUUUAACGUUUUAAGAGGUUAUUUCCUGUUUCACUCAUCUUAGUGGCAGUUCUCGCUGUUUGAAUUUUUGUAAAUUUCGUGACACAGCUCCUUCAAUAUUUACUUUUAGUUAAAUGAGCAUUUUUGCGAAGUUUAUCAAAAUUCAAAAAGUUAGAACUUUUGCAAAUUGAAUGAAACAUAAAAAUAACCUUCGAAAAGAGUAAAAGAAGGUGUAAAUAGGAAGGCAAACACAAAAGGGUUUUGGAACCUUUUUAGCGAGACAGGCCUAGUAAAAAGAUCCCCAUAGGUUUGACACCUGUUGGGGAUCUCGUUUUUCCUUCGGUUUUCCUUUUGAAAAAAGUACCUCCAUUUAUUUGUUGUUUACUAUACAUUUUACUCAAUAUCUGUCUUCUUAUUGGUUGAGAGCCUUCUGUUAAUCAGCGCAACCAUAUGCAAUAAUUGUUUAAUAUCAGGCAUUCAUCACUGAUGAAGCGUUCACACAGCCCUUUGAGUAUUAACAGUUUUCUGUGGUUUUUCUAUAAAUGUCUUAAGCUUACAUUGCACCAACAAAUCUUCGCGCAAGCAUGUCUCUCUUACUUUUUCUGGAUCGCUCUGUAGGACUCUGAAGCCAAUCCGGAACACUUUCCUCGCAAUUACUUUAAAGGUGCAGGCGAAGGUUUUUGGUGGGCUUUCAUCUCUAUGACGACGCUAGGGUGAGUAAGGUGUCUUUUAUUGAUCAAGUCGUUUUCGAAAUACAGUAGUUGCUCCUAGGAAGGUCAAUCGAAGUUAUAGAAAAGCGACUUAAUGGAGUAAAUAAAAAAGUCAAUUAACUCUCAUAAUACUACAAACCCCACUUCUACAGAUAUGGUGACCGCUGCCCUCAGUCCAUCGCUGCCAGGAUAUUUGCCAUCGCCUGGUUUCUAGUUGGACUUACAGUGUUUACUAUUUUCAUGGGAUCGUUGACAGCAUUUCUGACUGUGACGGUGGUGAAGAUGAACUCGAAUGGAGGCACUUAUAAUAUGGCGAAGGAUGGCCAGCCAAUAAAGGUAUUUUUCAGUGUGCUCAUUGAUUAAUUUAUUAUUUUAUGUGCGUUUCUUUACGACACUUUGAUACACCACGAAAGAAAGAGAAAAUUAGUAUUAUAUUCUUCUACUUGAAGAAGAGAGAAUGAUGGGAGGUAAUUUUAAGGCGUUGGCCGGCAUAUCUGAAUUUCACUAACGUUACUUCUAGAGAUUGUAAUUAAAAAUUUUCUACUUAAUGUUCCUGAGACGACCACAAAUUGUUAUCGCUUGUUUGAAACGUCAUCAAGUUCACGCGUGAGUGCCGCAAAGCAAACAAUGCAGAGUAUUGCAAUAGCGACUGUUCAAUUGACCACUACAGAAACUAUCAUAACAUACCAUAAUGCUCUUUGUUUGUCACCCCAAGAUUUUACAUAAGCAUUGUCUUCAGUUUCUCUUCGGAGUUGAAGUGGCCCCAAGAGAAACUGAAAACAAUGCUCAUACAAAAUUUUGAGGUAAAAAACAAAGAGCAUUAUGGUAUGUUAUGUUAUUUUCUGUAGUGGUCAAUCCUUCCUUGACAUUAGUCUAAAAAUAACUUUGGUGAAAUUCCCAAGGGCAAGAUUGGGCGUGUCUCUCUUUGUCUUGAGUGAUUAAGUUUGCUUCUCUAACACAACAUACAUGUACAAGGUAAAAAAAGAAGAAGAAUUUUCAAAAGCUUGGUAUGAAGUACUUUGGUCCAUACAUUUUCCAUCUGUUCCACUCGAGUAGCAAUGUGACAUCAGUUUUCUUUCCUGGCCAAAUUGAAAUGUGUGAAUGCAGCUAACUUUUUAACGUGGUCAACGGGAUCCCGGCUACUCUGCGUGCAGUCUCCUUCGAUCUUCCUGGAAAAGGGGACGCUGCUCGCAGUGUAGAUUUUGGCCACUUCCAAUUCCGUUUGCAUACCAAACAAGCAAUAUUCACAGUAUUUGGUGAGAAUAGAUGACCUUACUUUCACUCUCAACGCAAUCUCUUAUUGCCAGUGCGUGAAGAAUCGGAAAAGCAGCUUGUAACGGUGGGCAGUUGAGCCAAAACAUCAAGUUAAAAUAAUUCUGCGUGCAGUCUCUUUCGAUCUUCCUCGAAAAGGAGACGCUGCUCGCAGUGUAGAUUUUGGCCACUUCCAAUUCCGUUUGCAUACCAAACAAGCAAUAUUCACAGUAUUUGGUGAGAAUAGAUGACGUUACUUUCACUCUCAACGCAAUCUCUUAUUGCCAGUGCGUGAAGAAUCGGAAAAGCAGCUUGUAACGGUGGGCAGUUGAGCCAUUGUAACGUCAAGUUAAAAUAAUCAGAACUUGCCCAAGAAAUUAAGGCCGCAUCGAAGGUGUUUCGGAAAUACACUUCGGAGAUCUUGGAUCUUUUUUCUGGGAUUUAUUAGCACAGCGGAAUAGUUCAAUUCAUUCAUGAAUAAUUAGGCCAACAUACAGACGAAGAAAACAGAGAAUCAACUUAGGUCAAACAGUUUUAACCUGAAUCUCAUUUUGAACCGUAGCAGCAAGCUUACAAGGUGACAAAAUUCACAACCAAGCCAUAAUUAUGUUUGUUUAGGUUGCAGUGGUUGCCAAUUCUACUGAGCAUAAGAUUGCAAUUAAAAGAUUAAGAAACAAAAUAAAACUCGGUAAGUGAAAAUUACUCAACAUGUCUUUUUGCCUUUCGAGAUCUAGAUCUUAAGAUUUCCGGUUUCUUGUCUCUCAGAUAUCAUCACUUAAACCCUCUGACCGAUUAACUUUAUUCCUUUUUCCACCUCACACUAUAGCUAAAAGGGAGUGAACAAAUUAAUUUAGAGAAGGAGGACUGUAUCCUAAACUACUUAGCCUGCAAGAACAGCCGUCUCUUCUCGCUUCUCGCCACUUGGAACUUUUCGCCUCAUAAUUAAUCCGGUGGUCAAGGGGUGGCAAAUGUGAUUCUUUUCGAUUUUAUGUUGCUCCUGGUCGAUUUUGGUAAAAUUUUUGUUUACUUCUUCGAACGAGGUCCAGAAAAACCCAAAUGCUUCGUCUAAAGAAGAAUAUAUUCCAUGAAUAUUAUCUGUUUUGUAAUAGAUCCAACGCGUUUACAUUUGACCUUUUUGUUGCCUUUUGCCUCUUGUCUGUCAAUCAUAAACAAAAGCUAAAACUAAACCACUACUACGCCGACCAAUUAAAGUCCCUGCCCAGAUUCGGGACAGAUUUUACGUCAUCAUGCAGUAUGGAAUUUCUAUCGCUGGGGCGCAGACUUUCUACCUGGAGACACGUCCAAAGCGGCGAGGGGUGAGGAGAGAGGGCUUUUUUCGCAGGCUAUAAACUAGUAUACUGUAACACUUACCACCUACAUUCAAUGCAUGCCUUCUACGUCCUGCAGGACCCACGUUCUCAGAUUUAACAUCUAUGACCCAAGCGUUGAAGAGUAGCGAUGUAAGCUACGUAUUACUCGAUAUGUACGUCCCAGUAACGAGAAAAGACUUAUUUAACGGGACAUGGUUUGAUGUGGUCGAUAUUCUUGAAGGAGAAAUACAACACGGCGUUCUUCUUCAGGGGGACGGUGUUAGAUUAGCUCAGACUAUGAAGAACUUGCUUAUAAAGGACGACAUACAAACCAAGUUUUUGAUAGAAGCAGGAGCAUCGGAGACGUCUGAGGUGAGAUUUUCUUCUUCCUCACUAAUCGUUCGGCGCUUUUACGAGACAUGUCAAGGCAUAUCUUUUUCAAUAAGCUUUUACGUAGUUGUACCUUUUUAUCGGUUUUAUCUAUCGUACAUUCAUUUUAUAAAUUUUGACUAGUAUGAAGACAAUGUAAAGUGCUUUUGAUCAUUUUGUAUGCUAAAAGGCGCCAUAGCAAAUCAAUCUAUAAUUAUUAUGGCAGGACAAACGUCUGGAUGCCCAGAGCAAAAAAAUAAAAGCUUUGGCUGGGCGGCAAACCGUAACCAGCCGCAGCAUCGACUAAAAUUUGUUGUAACAAUUACACGAUAAUUUGCGCAAAAAAAAAAAAAAAAAAAUUGGGUAAAAAUGAUUUGAUGAAAGUGUCAUAGGAAAUAAAUAAAAAAUAACUAAAUCCUACAAGCUUUAUGGACGUCGUAAUUAUAAAAUAAAACUUUUCAUAAUUAAAAACCAUCGUUCAUACAGCUGUCCAUUUAAUUAUGGGAACGUCUAAGGUAUAAAUAGUAAUAAUAAUAAUAUUAUCAUUAUUAUUAUUAUUAUUAUUAUUAUUAUUAUUAUUAUUAGAAACUAAAAAUUGAAGUAAUUACUGAUAAAAAGGACACUCGAGAGAAUAACAACAUUGAAAUGUAGGCGAAAUGCAGGCUCGGUCUUCAGCCCAGGGUGUUUGCUCCCCACCUCAGGACUUUCUCUCUUAAAUUUGUUAAUUGUUAAUCCUAUUGAGGUUUGAAUAACAUUAGCCCUAACUAACACAAGAAAAGAGCAGUUUGAAAGAUUUUGGUAAUUGUAGUAGAAUGACGUCAUCAUGUAACAGUGUUAUCUGAAUGAUUAAUGUAAAGCAGUAGGGAAGGAUGAUCAACAAUUUAAAGAGGGGAAAAAAAGGAGAGAAAAAAAAAGAAACAAACAAACAAACAAACUAGGCGCCGUGUUCGGUGGCUUUCCGACGCAUUCAUACCUUUCAAAAAAAAGGGUGGAAGAGCCAAUCUUAGAUUUCAUGUCGUUUUCAGUUAAGUUGUAAAUAUAGGAGAAAGCGCUGAGAAAUAACAAUUUAGCACACAUAUGCCAUGCGCCAUCAAAUCGCGUUUUAAGCCGAGCUAGUCUCUAGAUCAUGUAUUCAGAGAUAAAAUUCGGGACGGAUCCGGAAAAUUCAGUAAGGGGUGGCCUUGCCCACUUGCCUGAUGUAUAAAUACUUUUUAUAUUUCUGAGAAUUCUGUAGGAAUAGGAACCUUACGAAACUACGACGGCGAUGGAAACGGGAACGUCACAAAAGCAAAAAGUUUAAUGAGUAAAACAGCAACUCUGCACGGGCAUCAUGCUUUUUUGUACAUUUCUUUGCCGUCUCUGUGCAACUAUGAGGUAAAAUCACCAAAUUUUAAGUUACUUGGGAACGGGAACGACAAGGUGAUAUAUUCUACCAUGUCUGUUUGAACUCCGACGUGGUCCCUUCUCUUCAGCUCCAACUUCAAAUCCCUUCUUUUAAGUAACUGGGCCCCUAGGGAUAAUCGCGAAAAAAAGUGAAAGGAUGCCAAGUCAAUUUUUCAGCGACGUUUCCAUGGACUUCGCCGUUGUCGGAUCGUAUGUUCCCUAAUAAUACAGGGGUAACGGCGCCCCCUUCGGCCCACCCCAAAUCCUUCCUUGAAAUGAUAAAACAUCAUUUACAGUGGACAUUAGGGGAUAUUAAUUGAAAGUUAAAAUAGUCGCCUCAUAGUUUCGCUUCCGCUAGGAACGUUUGGAGUUUACUGAUUGCUAUUGAAAUGUCUCUAUUGCUGUGGGAAGUCAAGACUGCAUAAGUAGAAGUCAUGUGUACGAUUUCAGCGGUUAAUAAUUUUAUUUGUUUUUAACACUCCUAUUGCAGACUGAGAAGACAUCGUUUGUGUUCUUUGAGCCCAGUAGUCCGUAUUAUCUGAUAACAAUGAUCAUCAGCGCUGGACUCUUGAUAAUAGCGACGAUAUGUGGACUUUUUUACCAGAAUUUAUGUUAUAAACGACGCCUACGUGAAAUGGAUGAAGAAGGUAUGUGGGUGCAUUUUAUUUUCUGCGGUCUAUGGUCUUGACAACUCAGUUGAUAUGCUAAGUCAGCUAAUAGAUUGCAAAUUAAGAAUCAUGGCCUUAAAGAUGACCAAAGCCUUGCUUUAGGCGAAUCGAUCCUUGCUGACGUCAUUGUUUUUAUUUUUACUCAUUAGCAUACGAGUUAACCCAUAGAAGACGUCACCUUAUAUACUAAUUAGGUACAAAAGUUGGAAGAGCUGGUUAAUUUCAGCAGUUUUUGCAAUUUUCAGCUUCUUGUGAUCAACAACAAAGAAAAUAGCAGCAAUCAAAAACUGCGAAAUGGCUGGCUGGUAAAACCGUUAAUGAGCUCAUACAUUCUUUGUAAACUUUCGAGUUUUUUUAAGGGAAUUUGUACGAAACUAUUCGAUAUAUAGGGCUAAAAUUUUCAGAGAUAGCUGAAAUAGCUAUGCUCUUUCGAUAUUCAGAGAUUUUAUCCUAUUAGCUUCAUCAGCUAAUGAUAAGCAUAUGUCAGUGAGGAUAAAAUGUGAACAAGGAUUCGCCCAUGCGAUUAUGUUCAUUGUAAACUAGUAAUGAAAAGAAAACGAGCAAAAGGUAAUGAAAGCAAAGAAAUAAGUAUGGCAUCAACAGCGAGAGCAUAACUCCUCAUUUGAGAAGAGGUGGAGGGAAAGUGGAAUAACAAAUAAUUUAAAGGCGCUCUCCUGGAAGGCCAAAUUGAAGGCUAGCUAUACAAUCGACCAAAGUCUAGAAAUGUUUGUCAACUCAUUGAGGCUUUGAUGCUGAUUAAUUUAUUGAUUUAAGGGAAAAGUGACUGGCUUUGAUGAGACGUUUUAUCUUCUCGUUUUCUCAUUUUUCCGUUCAGUCUUUCGUCCAAUCAUUCAUUCACUCAUUCACUCAUUCGUUCGUUCGUUCUUUAGUUCCUUCCUUUGUUCCUUUCUCCCUUCCGUUGUCUAUUGGCCACUGAUUUACUUAUCGGGAAGUUAGCUUAAGUGAAAAUUGCUUCAUGAAUAAGGCAUACCGAUAAAGUGUUUUUUUAAUGGACCGACUCAGUGACUGAGUGAUGGCUGAUUUCAGAUCCAUGCUCUUGCGGAGAAAAGAAGAGGGAUAUCACAAAAUCGGUGAAAGCAUUUUAUUUCAAUUUUUCCCAAACGUAUCAUCGCUUACGAAGAAAACACUAG